CAAAAUAUUGUAGUAGCGACCAGAACGUCGCGCGGUCAACACACACGUUGUUCCCAAAAAAUAAUUUAAUUCAAAUUCAGUUGAAAGCAAAUUGAAACCUUGGAUUUCACUAUUUGCCAGAUAAAGUGUUGAAAUAAUAAGAAAGCCGAAUCGGAAAAUAUUGUAUACCCUACACAUAUGGCUAUACGAAAAAAUCGUUCAGUAAGAAUAAACAGUGAAUACAACAGUAAAUAAGUGCCCAAGGUGUAUAUUACUGAAAGUUCGUAAAAAUACAAAAAAACGUUGACAAAAGCAAACUGGAAACGCGUAUUUAAAGAAUUUAAAAAUCGUAUUUUCUUUCGUGAAAAAGUUAAAGUGCCACCACAGUAGCUGCACUAAACAACCGGUUGCUUUGCCGCUGCAAAAUAAUGAAAACAUUGAUGUGAGCCUCAGAAAUUACUAACUAGAAGUGUUAUAAGUAAAUUAAUUAGCAAAAGCAAGUGCAAACAUUAUUUAGAUCUAAGUGUGAGCAACAAAAUUAGUAGUUGGUUUAUCUGCUUAGCACACCGCCAUUUUCCAAUGAAAAUCGAGACAUCAACCAGCAGCAAACUUCCAAGCGUAAAAUUUACAAAAUCGAAAUUCUCAUUGGUAAAUUAAAAUAAUAACUAAAUAAAUAUUACUAAGUGCAAUAAUGCUCUAACACGCUCAAAAGAAAAGUGUCAUUGCCGCCGCUCUUGCUAAUACAACUUAGCAAGGAAUAAGCACAAAAGUCCGCGUGCAAACAAAGAAAUCUCAUUCCAAUGUUGUCUUGUCUGGUGCCGUCGUCAUCACGUUUUGGCCAAGAGGAUAAUAUAAUAAACCAAAGUAUGCCAUCAUCACCAGCGUUCGCCGUGCAAUUUCCCUCAUUGGCAUCCAGUUUACACCAUCCACUCCACCAAAACAGUUCGAAAAGCAGCAGUAACGCUGAGGAGGAGAACACCUCCAUGCCGGGUCCGAUUUCACCACACACAGAUUUUAUGGUGAAAUGCCCACAAUGCCCCAAGCGACUAGGAUUUCAGUCUCUGAGCGAGCACAUCGCCUGCGAACAUCCACAUGAGACACUUAAUUCAGAACAUGUUCCAUCCAGUCUUGCCUACCAUCACCGCAACCACCACCAUCAGCUACACAACCACCAACAACACCUUCACCAACUCCAACAAUCCUACGCACAAGAUAGCAUCGUCGAUAUUGACGACGAUAACGAGGAUAACGACGACAACAGCAGUAACAGCAAUAGCAAUAGCAGCAAUAUAAAGUUUACAAGUUCACCAAACCAAUAUAGUAAUAACAACAACGAUAGCAAUAUAAAAAACAAUAACAAUAGUAUUACAAAUAUUGAAUACGAGCGUCGUUCACCGGCAACACCGGGCGCUACCAACCACAGCUCCAACAACACCGCGCUCAACAGCGCCAACUCACCCAAUACCAAGCCAAGCAAACAACAACAACAGCAAACAAAUAUGAUACCAAACGUCACGCCCACCGUCUCGCCCACACCACCGAACGAUCUCAGUGCUGCCACAUCGCCAUUCGCCGCAGCGGCGGCCGCGGCAGCAGCAGCAGCAGCCGCUGCACAACACCAACUACCGCCUUUACCGCCACAUCUCACACAUUCACAUGGCAUGCAUCCUCAUCUGCCGGCUGCGGCGCAACUAAUGGCCGCCAUGGCCGCUAUGCAAGCGCAACAGCAAAAUGGUGCGAACAACGGCAUGCAUAAUGGCAGUAUAGGAGCUGGUGGAGGUGGCGUCGGUGUGGCCUCCAAUCCAACUGCACACACCUCACCCACCAGCCAAUUGCUAGCCUUGGCCAACAACGGUCAUCAUGCGGCGGCGCAUGCGCUGGCGGGCAGCCACAACGGCGGCGGUGGCGGCAGCGUCUACGACAUGGACGCGGCGCGCUCAACCUCAAGUCCCGGUUCGAUCGGCGGCAGCGAAAUGGGCGCCUACCACUGCGUACAAUGCCCGGCGACAUUCCAGACGCGCGAACAGCUGGAGAAGCACGAGGUGCUGCAUUCGCCCAGUGCGCAGACGCAAACGUCAAACCAAAGCUGCAAGAUAUGCCACAAAGCCUUCGCCAAUGUGUAUCGCUUACAGCGUCACAUGAUCAGCCACGACGAGUCCGCACUGCUGCGCAAAUUCAAGUGCAAUCAGUGCGACAAGGCCUUCAAAUUCAAGCAUCACCUCAAGGAGCAUGUGCGCAUCCAUUCGGGUGAGAAGCCGUUCGGUUGCGACAAUUGCGGCAAGAGAUUCUCACAUUCCGGUUCCUACUCCUCACACAUGACCUCAAAGAAAUGCAUCAGUAUGGGCAUGAAAUUGAACCCGAAUCGCGCUAUGCUGAAAGCGCUGGAAAAGAAUUCUCCGGGUCAAAACGUUAAGCGCUUCAACGCGAAUAAUAGCGGCGCUUUGAAUACAAGUGGACCGACAGAGUCAAGCUUAAAUGUGGACGCAGCGUUGCCGGCUGGUUUGCCACCACAUAUGAACUACUACGCCAUGGAUGCAAGCGACGCGCUCGUGAACGGCAACGCGCCGCCGUUAUAUCCGCAUUUACUGCAUAAAUAUGACGAUUACAACAUGAAUGCGAUGAAUGCAGCGCUUUUAGCCACAUUCCCGAAUCCGUUUUACAGCUUGUCCCCUUACAACAUACAACGUUUGUUGGAACUGACGGCAGUGGGACAGCAACAGCAGCAUGAACAACAACAGCGUGAGGCCCAACAGCGCGAGGAAGAGAGUCUCACUGAACGCGAACAACAGCAGCCUCAAGUAGAAGAGCACACAGCGCGCAUUGAUGAGUCGAUUGAUGAAACAAACGAGGAGGAGACACCGGAUGAGCCUAAAUUAGUGAUGGAUCUAGGCGAGAGUGAUGCUAAAGAUGGAGAAGAUGAUGAUGAGGAGGAAGUGGAGUCGGCAAAAGGCGCCUCGGAGGCGGAGGACCAUUCCAAUCUUGUUGAUGAAGAGAAGAUUAACAAUGAAGAAAUUGAACCUCGACAUGAUGUGCCACUCGAAUCACCCAUUUUGGAAGAAAACCGCCAAAAUACUCCGAGGUUAGAGAAUAAAGAAGCCACAGAAACCACCGAAAAAGACAUUUUACCGCAAAUUAAAGUGGAGGAUCAUCGUCCCGUCACACCAGUGAAUGACGAUCUAGCUGAACAAGCGAGGAGUGCGGAAACUAUGCCCGUUAUCAAACAGGAAUUAGACAGCACGGCCGAAAUCGAGGAAUCUCGCCCAAUGGAAACUUCCACCCCCACCAGCAAAGGACAAUAUGAGUCACAAAUUGACUCCAGUACAUGCAACGCUUCUGAGCUGCGCUGUAGUCGUUGCGAUACUCAAUUCAAUCACCAAACUGAGCUGGUACAACACGAAAAGGUGCUCUGCGGCUACAUCAAACAGGAGAUUCAACAUAGCUACCAGGAGCAACACACUCAGCAACAGCGUGAAGAGCAUGAAGAGGAACCGCAACAAGCGCCAUCUUUAAUGCGGCCGCAGCAUAGUAUGGAUGACUCUGCCGAACAGUCUGGCAUUUCAACGACUUCCCUAUUGCAUUCCAGCGAUGUUGAAGAUUACCAAGACGAGCGUGACUCCAACUCGCGCAACGAUUGCAACAGCGAAAGCAGCGAACGCAAGGUACGCGUGCGCACCGCAAUUACCGAGGAACAACAGCAGCAGCUAAAACAGCACUACGCCAUCAAUGCGCGUCCCAGUCGCGAAGAAUUCCGCAUGAUUGCCGCACGUUUGCAAUUGGACGCACGCGUUGUGCAAGUAUGGUUUCAAAACAAUCGUUCGCGCGAGCGUAAAAUGCAAAACUAUCAACAGGCGAAUGGCAAACUGCCUUUCGCUUUGCCCGCAAUCGAAGCGAGCGUUCCUUCUACCGCCGCGUUGGAGCGCACUGCACCGUCAGCAGGUUUACGCACGGGCGAAGAACAACCGUUGGAUCUGUCGUUGAAACGCGAUUGGCCUAUAGCGGUGAAACGCAAUGGCAUGCAGCAACAACAUUCGCCUUUAUACGGUAUUGCGCCAAUGCAAAGCGUUGGCAGCGGUGAUCUCAAUGAAGCUAUAAAUUUGAGUCGUAAAAUGUCUGCCUCGAUGUCACCGCCUUCAUCGCUAUCGCCAUCGUCCGCCGCAUCCGUACCUCAGUCGCUUAAACAGCAUGCGGCUGUAUAUUUCGGCGCGCCAUCUGGGAGUCAUCAUUUCCAACGACAAACACCAUCUCCGAAUGAAGCGCCGCUAACGCAACAACAACCAAUUGCACCGCGCCACGGUAGCAACAGCAAUAACAACAGUUUCUCAGCCUCACUGGCCGGCCAUCUGCCACCGUAUAUGCUGCCCGCCGGUGCGCCGCGGGGUCUGAUGCCAAUGGACGCGAUCUUCCGCAUGACACCCGGCGACUAUGCUUGCAAUCCGCUCAUCAACAGUAUUAAAUUCCCCGACUAUCGCGGUACCAGCCUCAGCCCAGGCGGUUCAGAAAAGCGCUCUUGGCGCGAUGAUGACUCGCGUAUCUCGCACGAUGACGACUACAUUGGUAAUGGUUUGUUGGCCAAGCCGAAGCGCCCCAAGGCGGAAACGCACGGCCAUGCAGGAGAUCCGGAUUUGCCAUUUGUGUGCGAUCAAUGCGACAAAGCGUUCGCAAAGCAGAGCUCGCUGGCGAGACACAAGUACGAGCAUUCCGGUCAACGCCCCUACCAGUGUGUAGACUGUCCGAAAGCCUUCAAGCACAAACAUCAUCUCACCGAACACAAACGCUUGCAUAGUGGCGAAAAGCCAUUCCAGUGCAGCAAGUGCUUCAAACGCUUCUCACAUUCCGGAUCCUAUAGUCAGCACAUGAAUCACCGUUAUUCGUACUGCAAACCAUACAGGGAAUAGGUAAACGACAACUCAGCGCAAUCAACAUCCGCCUCCACAAGAUCAUCGACAGCAAGAACAACAUCGAAUAACAGUAAAUCAGCGCAUCGACGCAAUUCAGCGGCCGCUUCACGCAAUCUGCUGAAUAUCGCAGAGUUUCGCAAGAAAUUUGGCAAUCAUGCUAAUGGCGCACUCUAUCACCACCACUUACAGCAACAACAAACGGCCGCAGCAAUGGCGACUGCGGCGUUCCAGCAACGCCAACAACAGCAGCAGCACAAUCAGCGACAGCAGCAACAUAAUGAGCUACAACAACGUUUGCAAGCGCAACGAUUGCUGCCGCCGCCACCACCACCGCCUCCACAUAUAGUGUGGCCACCUUUGAACGGUUCUGGUAUGGCCGGCAUGUUACCGCCACCUCUUAAUCAGCAAUUGCAGCAACAGCAGCAUCGUGCACAAGCUUCGCCUUUGCCACCACCACCGCUGUUGCACGGCACACACGAUAUGCCGCAUCUUAGCGUGAGCGAGCCGCAACUAUACCAUCAACAGCCUAACCAAAUUGUGGACCAAGCGCUGCUGACACCACCACGCUUCGCCGCACCAUCCAUGCAAACGAUGCCGCCCACAAGUACACAUCAACAACGCCAGCAAUACUUCGACUUCUUCAAUAAUAAAAUGGGUCUGCUGAAUUGAUGGUCCAUAUAGCUGAAUAAAAUUGUAAGCCAGUAGCUGAAUCGUUAGAAAUCGCUGUUUAUGCUGUUACUGUAUGGCUGAUUCAACCAAUGCACGGCUGAACUAUACAUGCACGUAUUCAGCGCUCGAUUUAAAUAGGCCAACAGCUGCAGUAAAUGAACUAAUCAACCGCACGUUUGCUAAAUGUGUACACCAGUCAAAUUGAAAUUUAUAAGACGUAAAAGGAAUUCCGCACUUAAGCUCGUACUUAAGCCAUAACUAGUUUAAUACUCGUAUUUAGCUGAAUAAGCUCAAAAGCACAUUCGAAAACCAAAUGCUCGUUACAAUGUCGUUAGCGUUGUGGGAAAUAGCAUAGUAAGCAAUUUUUUUUUUAUUAUUCCUUCUACGAUUUUAACUAAGAAUUCAAAGUGGGAAAAUAAUUUUGAGUAAGAAUUCAAUUUUUGUGCAGGCACAGAAGCUCGUAGCAAAAGUAUAAUGUUGAUAUUUAGUUGCAAGUGUGUUUUUUAUAAGCCGCAACUUGUUAGUUUUAAAAAUUAUUUGUUUUUAAUAAGCAGCCGGUAAUGAUUUGAAGUUUGAAAAUUCUCAAAUUUAAACAAACUUGUUAAAUCUUUUUUUGUUUUCAUAAAAUGAGCAACCUUUCGUUUUAAAGAAUUUAUUUUUAUUACUUUUUCGUAUAGGUUUGUAAUUUUCGAAUAUUUUCGUACAUUCACAAGCAUGUUCGCUGGCCAGUACCAAACAUAUACUCACUUGAAAUUGAUGUUUAGUUCUUAAUUAUGUUUAGUUGUAAGUUUCUAAAUAUGAUUUAGUUGAAGGAAACAAGUAUUUCUUAUUUUAGUAUCGAAUAUUUUUAAUUUUUUAUUUAAUUGUUAUUAUUAUGAUUUUUUAUGAAAAUAUUUGCGCAUAAUUUCGAGUUUUACGUUAAACGUUACUACAAUUUUUUUUAGCUGUAAAGUGUCAGCCGCUGGGCUGGGCACUAAAGUAAACAUUAAAUACAUCUAAAGAAAAGUAAGCAUCACUUUAUUUUUAGAUUUCUUUACAAAGUUUUCUAAACACAAACGUUAAAUUCACAAGCAUAACGUAUAACGUGUAUUUUCCUAUUUUUAUUUUUUUUUUUGUAUUUCAAUAUGGUAUUUAAAAAAAAAAAAUUUUAGUAAUGAAAGUAAAAACUUUAACCUUUUAAAUUCUUAAAAUACAAAAAAAACAUAAUUUCACGCCUUCUACUUGAGUAUUUAACCAAACAAUAGUUUUCUUAAAGAAUCUGCAAAGCAGAGAAAUAGUAUUCAAACACUGUAUUUUUUAAAAUCACACAAACUGUAUUACACCAAUAUGCAAUAGAAUAUGUUCAAGCAAUAUAACAAUAUUUAUUCACCACACACACACAAACAAACAGUCUUAAAAACGACAUGCCAUUUACAGUUAAACUUUUGUUUUUCUUUGUAAGACAAGAACACUCUUUACUGCUAAAAAUAUUUAUUUUUCUGACUAUUUUCUUAUCAAGAAUUCACAUAAACCUCAAGCCACAUACAUAAGUACAUGUACUCUUAUAUCCCCUUCUCUCUUAAAUCUUUAUUUCGAUUGAGGUUUGGGAGAAUUCAAACGCACAAGAAAAAACCACUACGACGAGCAUUCCACAAGCGAACCUGGCGUGUAAAGCGAAGAACAUUCGUUAAGCAUAUGCCACGCCCACUAGGGAAAUUUGAAACAAAACAAAAAUGCAUGCGGAACUUAAUUAAACUUUGUAAGCCAGCACAAAAAAUAAUACAAAAUUCACUAAAAAGAAAUGAAAAUUAUAAAAAAUGUUAAUAUUUAAGAGAAAAAUUAAUUUGGCCUUAUCAAGAAACUUAUUUGGAACUUUAAAUGUGCUAAAAUUAGUAAAUAAUAUUAAAAUUACUUUUAGCUUGUAAAUUGCGGAAUUGUGUUGUUGUAGACGCGUUUGAAGUAAAACUAAAUAACUAACUUGAGGUGAAAGCGAAAAAUAUAAUAGCUAUGUUGGUAAACUAACAAAGCAAAAACAACAAAAAAAAUCUCGUAUUAUAGCAUAGCAAAAUUUUUUCACAAACUUUUAAGCUCAAGUUAUUACAACAAAAUCUUUGAAAUUUAAUACAUAAAAAUUAAGCAAAAUAUGUUUGCGAAAAAAAAAUUAACUACUUAACCUACUUGUAAAAAUUCAUGGACAAUAAGAAACUUACGGAAAUUUUGAUGAGUUUCGAAAGACAACAAAUUUCCAAAGCCUCCUCGCUACAUAAAUAUUUUACCUGCAUUUGUUUUUGUAAAUUCAAAAAUUUGAUUACCACUUGCCCGAUGAAAAUAAAGUCAUUGAAAGACAGGAAAUGCAAUUACAACGAAAAUCAGCACUUUAACAACCACCACAAAACAGUCAUCAACAAAAUUACAGUUGUUGUUAAAAUAAACAGCAGGUUAAGCAGAAGUAAAAAAAAUGUGUGCCAAAAGAAAGGCGCGCAAAUUGAAGAAACACAAAUGCAUAAAGAAGGUUUCCUAAACAACGAACUCAUUUCGUUUCUUCCUCAAGCUCCCCUGAGAACCAGCGAUAUAAUGCAAAUUUUUAAAUUUGAAAAAAAAAAAAUAAUUAAUGUUAAAAAAGAAUAAUUUGUAUGCAACAAAAGUAAUUUUACGCAUCACUAUAAUGUAAUUAUAAAAUUAAUUUAAUAAAUUUUCGGUUUCAAGGUUUUGGAAAUUUUUUCGCUAUGAAAUUAUGCCCUGUAUAUCCUAACCGAGCAAUCAAGCUAGAAAUCCAAAGACAUGUACUGUUAGCACAAUAAGCGUGGCAAUGUCGCCGCCACAACCCCCACCACAAGGUUGUAGUUGUGUAUGUACACUUAAGUUAAAAUAAGUUUUAAGGUUAGUUUUAGCAAUUCCUCGUAUUUCUUAUUUGUAAGUCCUCGUAUCCAUACUUGUCUGUAUAUAGAUUUAUGUUAAUUAUAUUUGCGGUUUUUUACCAUUAACAGUGAAUUCUUAGCGGCCAUAAACUCCAAAAUAUUGAGUGAAAUCAAGUUGAACGUAAUUAUUAGAGCAUACAUACAUAAUUACUUUAAUUCAUAAACUACGUAUAGAGCAUAUAAAUAAACAAGUUUAAUUACACAAAAGUUGAAUGUUAAAUUAAAAGUAAAGUUGAAAUUAAAAUGAAACAAAAAACACCUAAUUUUUAAGCACAAAUUUUUCGGCCUGUAAGCGCCUGAAGAAAUUUGUUUUAAUGCCUUAUAAAUCGUUAGUUAUAGCAACAAGUUGUAUUUAAUAAAAAAUAAUAAUAAUAAUAACAAAUACAUUGUAAAUCUCCAAAUCAGCGCCAAUCCAAAUAAAUGAAAUACUAUUCUUGGAAGUUAUAUAGAAGCAACAGUGCCAUAAGGUUAAAAAGUGUAAAAGCAGAGCCAUAACUACUGCUUUAAGCCCACGAACUGUCUGUAUGUGUUUAUCUGUUUAAUGUUAUUUUUGAGUUGUUUUACUGAAUAGUUUUAAGUCACUUUUUUAAAUAAUUUUUUACUGCUUGUUUUAGCUGAACAUUGUGUGUAUGUAUUAUUAGUUUAAAAUUAGUUGUAUUAUUAUUUGUAAUUACUCCUAAAUAACAGCCUUGAUUACAAGAUUUCUACACACAUAUACAUACAUAUGUGCAUGUAAUUGCGUAUGUAUAAGAGCAAAACGCUUGCAACACAAGCAUUCAAGGCGGAGCGAAACUUAAGCUUGAUUAUAGCUAUUUUUUACCAAAUACAUUGAACAUUAAGCGUUAUAUAUACUUAAAUAAAUGACUAAUUGAAAAUAUAUGUAAUUAUGGGAAUGAAGCAAGCAAAAAUAAAAAAAUGAAUAUAUAUUAUAUACAAUGCAUUCUUGGCGUAAACGUAUUUUAAUCAAAAUAGUGUAAAAACGAUGAAAACGAAGCAAACGCGUUGACGAACAUUCAUGCAUACUUCGGUAUGCACACCAAAACAAAAUACACACAUACACAAUUUUUGUCUUCAUGAAUUUACAAAACUAUUAUUAUUAUAACAAUUAUACAAUUUACAACAUUAAAAGAAUACGAAUGAAUGAAAAAAUAUAAAUAAAACACAAAAUAUAUUGAAAAUUAAA